GCACCAAAACCAACACAACAACCAACAGUUCAAAAUCCAGCACAACAACCAACACAACAACCAACGCAACAACCAACAGUUCAAAACCCUGCACAACAACCAACAGUUCAAAACCCUGCACAACAACAACCACAAACAGAGCAAGGACAUAAAAGAAGUAGAGAACAAGGAAACCAAGAAUUCUUA